AUGAACCAUCCCUGUUCUCCGGCGACUGCAACGUGGCCAGUGGUUCCUCGGGCAGCUCCCGGGCCAGACGCACCAGCUCCUCCACACUCAACUGGCCAGUUGCUCGUGCCAAUCUUAACUGGGCACCAAGCGCGGGCUGCACACUUUCGGCGAACUGAUCCGACAGCAACUGGUGUCGCGACACUCCGUCCAGCGUCGGCAAAGUGCGAUCCAACGAACACGGUCGGGUCAGAUCCGAGUGCCAUCCUGGCCGUCUUGAACCGCCUCAUAGCCUCCUGGCGGUCGGCUGGCAUGUCGAACUCCGCUUCAAGGACUUCCUUCGCGGCGGCCCAGUCCAUCUUCCGAGGGUCUCUUCUGAACGACAGCUUGAACAAGGGCUUUGAGCAUUACCCUUCUGAAUUUCCAAAACUUCAUCCCAGUGGACCGUUUGUAAACAUAGACGUGCGUAACACCAUAGUCACCAUCACGCUCAACAUGAGUUACUCUUAUCCAGUGGCGAACUGGGAUUCAAAUAAGUCUCCCAUGAAAAUCAAACCGAUACCCCCAAUGAGCCAACACGAGCCCCAGACAUGA